AUGGCCUCAAGAUCUUAUUCAAACUUAUUAGACCUCACAUCCACUAGCUCUCCUCCCUCGACCCGAACGAACAAAAAACUCCCUCGAGUCGCCACUGUGGCGGGUAUCAUGUCCGAACUCGAAGACGGAAGUCGAAGCAACAACGGCUCGGACACCACGUCAUCGCGUAUAAUCAUAGUAGCCAAUCAACUCCCGCUACGCGGGUCCCGCACAGUCACAGACGACCUAAAAAAGGGCUGGGAUUUCACCUGGGACGAGGACUCUCUCCUACUGCAGCUCAAAGAUGGUCUUCCCGAAGACCACGUGGACGUAAUCUACAUCGGCUGCCUUAAAGAAGAAAUCGAGCCCUCCGAACAAGAUGACGUGUCACAACACCUGCUCGACAACUUCAACUGCGUCCCGGCCUUCAUCCCUCCCGAACUCCUCACGAGAUAUUACCACGGGUUUUGCAAACAGUACCUUUGGCCUCUCUUCCAUUACAUGCUCCCUUUAUCCCCAGACCUCGGUGGCCGAUUUGACCGUCCCAUGUGGCGGGCCUACCUGUCGGUGAACAAGAUAUUUGCAGACAAGGUCAUGGAGGUAAUUUCGCCCGACGAAGACUACGUUUGGGUCCACGACUACCACCUCAUGGUCCUCCCGACUUUUCUAAGGAAGAGGUUUAACCGAGUCAGGCUCGGUUUUUUCCUCCACAGUCCUUUCCCUUCAUCCGAGAUAUACCGGGCUUUACCUAUUCGGGCCGAGCUUCUUCGGGCUUUACUGAACUCGGACCUCAUCGGCUUCCACACGUUCGAUUACGCCAGGCAUUUCCUAUCCUGCUGCAGCCGCAUGCUCGGGGUUUCGUACCAGUCGAAACGCGGCUAUAUUGGGCUCGAGUAUUACGGGCGUACAGUCAGCAUCAAGAUCCUACCUGUCGGGAUUCACAUGGGUCAGCUUCGAUCCGUGCUCGAUUUUCCCGAAACCGAGGCAAAGGUUUUGCGACUACGCGAGACUUUCGCGGGCCGCACGGUAUUGCUCGGAGUUGACGACAUGGAUAUUUUCAAGGGAAUCACGCUAAAGCUCCUAGCUUUCGAGCAGCUGCUGACUCAGCAUCCGGAGAAGAGGGGUAAAGUCGUCCUUAUCCAGAUCGCGAACCCGGCCAGAGGCCGCGGGAAGGACGUAGAGGAAAUCCAGUCGGAAACUCACGCGACCGUCUCGAGAAUCAACGAGGUUUUUCGCGAACCGGGCUACGAGCCCGUGAUCUUGAUCGAGGGCCCGCUUCACUUUUACGAGCGAAUAGCUUACUACGUGGUGGCGGAGUGCUGCCUGGUGACAGCUGUCAGGGACGGGAUGAACUUGAUUCCGUACGAGUACGUCGUGUGCAGGCAGGGGACUGAGAAGCUAGACCAGGCUUUAGGCGUGGGCCCGACUUAUAUUAACAAGAAGAGCAUGCUUGUAGUUUCCGAGUUUAUCGGGUGCUCGCCUUCACUCAGUGGGGCCAUCAGAGUCAACCCUUGGAAUACGGAAGCCGUGGCCGAGGCCAUGGAAACUGCCAUGCUGACGCCUGAGGUCGAAAAACAGAUGAGGCACGAAAAGCACUAUAAGUACGUGAGCAGCCAUGAUGUUGCUUAUUGGGCCAGAAGCUUCUUGGCGGAUCUUGAGAGGGCUUGUGGGGACCAUGCGAGGAGUAGGUGCUGGGGAAUUGGGUUUGGGCUGGGCUUUCGCGUGGUCUCGUUGGGCCCCAGCUUCCGGAAGCUUUCUGUGGAGCAUAUUGGAUCUGUGUAUCGGAGGACUCGGAAUCGGGCAAUCCUGUUGGAUUAUGAUGGGACGUUGACUUCGCGGGUUGCGGCCGAUACGCGGCCUAAUGGGGAGGCUGUUGAGGUAUUGGAUAGACUUUGUCGAGAUUCGAGGAAUGUGGUUUUUGUUGUGAGUGGGAUGAAUAAGGAGAUUUUGACACAGUGGUUUGCUUCGUGUGAGAGAAUGGCGAUUGGGGCAGAGCAUGGGUAUUUUGUNUGA